GGUUGAUGUAUACUCUCAAAACAUUGAAGCAAGACCAGGACCCGGUUGUAUCAAAGCCUCAUUAACUAAUGGCUACAUUAAACCCUAAUGAUACAUUAAAUGCUUAAUGCACCAUUAGUUAAUGGCAUCAUUAAAAUCGGUUGUAUCAAACGUUUAUUAGCAUAUCAUUAUCUAAUGAUGCCUUAAUGUAAGUGUCUUCAUUAACCUGUCAUUAAAUUCGGUGUUUCCCCUAAAUAUUUCCCACAAUUCCUUGAUGUAAACACGUACGCGUUACUUCCGGUCGUCUGUCAAAAUGGCAUCGUAUCCACCUAAACCUAGGAAUAAAAACAAGAAUUUCGACAGCUCCGAAAUUCAGCUUAUUGCCGAGUUGGUGGAGAAACACAUCUCCAUACUUAACAGUAAGUUGUGUAGCACUGUCACCCACGAAAGAAAGAAGGCUAUUUGGGCUCUCGGUGUUUGUCAGCGUACGACAAAAGAAAUAAAAACAAAAUGGACGAACAUGCACCAGGCGGCCAAAAGGGAAUUCAGUAACAGACAGCUGGACAUGAGGAAGACCGGGGGAGGGCCCUGUAUUGCCCCACUUUCCACGACGAGUGAAAAGAUAGUGGACAUUUACAAGGAGCGUCCAAGUUUCACUGGACUCACGGGCAUCGAAUCGGACGAUCUAGUGAUGCAAAUGGGUACGGAAGUCGCCGAUGUAAUUGGCUCUCCUUCGACUUUACACCUGUUAGCACGGGCUUUAGAAGAAAAUGUUUGCGAUGUCCCUACUCAGGAAGCGUCUGUGCCCAGUUGUUCCAGCACACAGAUCUACCCGGAAGGAGAACUGUCUGUCGACGCAUCUGCAUUACAUGACGACAUUAGUACCAUCGAAGAGCCUUUGGUCCAGACUGGGGGAAAAUCAAAUCGUGUCAAGAGAAAGAUCAAACAGGAUGACAUCACCAGACUGCAGUAUGAGGUUUUGCUUGAGCAGAAAAAGAAAGUCAUUCAGCAAACCAUUUACUUUGAGCUCAUGAACAAGAAGCUCCGAUUGGAGUUGGAUAGCUUGAUGCACCAUGAAUGAAAACGACAUCCUCAUGUUUGAAAUGUUACUAAGAGUUCAUUAAAAAAAUACAAUUAGUUUGAUAGUGUGCUACACAAUGUUGUGUUGUAUAUUGUAUAGCUUCAGUUUGAACGAACGGGAGAUAACUAACAAUGUCAAUUCUAAUAAAUUGUUAUCCAUCUUCUACUUUAUACUACAUACAAGUAACCAAACACGUAUCACUUCGGUAGAUUGCUGGGUGCUCUUUACGUAUGUAGCUGUCAAUAACGAUGAGUUGAUGAGAUAAGCCGAUCAGUUAAUACAUGAUUUCGACGAAAUUUAUGUAAACCAUAUUCAAUAAAAUUAAUGUGAUAGACUCAUUGCUAAAGAUACACAAAGAACCUUACAUGCUCACCGUGAAGUCUUGGCGUUGUGCAACAAAUUCAAACUCAUUGUAUCCGUGUAGCGUUUAGCUGUAUUUUUUCUGAAGGGAAAUGUGCACUGUGUACCCUGGACGAUAUUUACGCAGUAAUCUAAAUUUUAGUUAAACAAAGCUGGGAAACUAUAUCCCUUUGAUUCAACACGAAAAGACAAAAGUGCACGCAAAAGAUUUUGGUUAAAUAUUUGUAAAAAUUAUAAUUGCACGCAUUGGCAAAUACAUACUGCGAACACUGUCAACUAAUUUCUUCAGUGACAACAGAUGGUAUCUCUGCAUUCUUCUGUAUAGUUGUAUUAAAGCAGAGACAGUUUGAUCAUUUCAGUUAGUGAAAUAGUGCCUUGUGAUAUAAUCACGGAUGCCCCGUCCAUCUUCGGGACCUGUAUAUUGCCCUUCAAUGUUACUGUCGUCCUCUCCAUCAACAUCCAGCAUGGGUUCACGAAGAAUUAUUGCCAGAUUAUGCAGC